AUGGACGGGAUGAUCCUGGCAGGCAAAAUGCUAGGCCCAUGGCUAACGCUCCGCGAAUGUACCGUCUGGCUGGCUCUCUGCAAUGUCUCGAUUAUAAAACUCUCCUGUUGCCCGUCGCCUCCCUUCAGGACGCUCCGACCAAUACCUCUACAUAUCUCGCCCUCCCGGCUGCUCUGCUGGCCAGUACGUGCGUUCCUUGCGUGCUACUACCUCCACUACCUACAACACUACAUACCUACCUGUCUGCCUGUCUGCCUACCUGCCUACCUGCCUACCUGCCUAUCUGCCUAUCUACCUGCCUACCUACCUGCCUACCUACCUACCUUCUGCGCUGAACCACUACUUGCCGUCUGCCUUGCUGCUCUUUGCUCAUUCGCCCCGUGCCAGACGUCCCUCGAGAUCAAAGAGAACAACACCACGUUUGCGUACAAGCUCCCAGACUGCAGCCAGUCCAUCAUCACCCCGUCGAUUCUCAAUUCCAUCUACUCGUCAGUCGAUCCGGACAUUACAUACCAAAAACCAUCCACACCUCCACACCGUGGCCAACGAGCAGCCACCCCCCACUCCACAGGUUCCCCAUCCCAGUCUAUACAGAGGUGCUACCUCGAUACCAUCGCCUUAUCCCUCCCCGAGAGCCGAGCAACACGCACGUUUGGUUCGUUUGUUGUCUCAGAGCUCUGCAACGAGAAGAAAGAGCCACCCCCCCCCCCUCCUUCCGUCAGCCAAUCAGCACCGUCCAGCAUCCGCCCCCGCCUUCCCUUGCUACGUAGAGGUAGCAGCCGCGACCACCCUCCCACGCUGCCACAGAAGGCGCUCCCCCGCCGUGCGACCACGCCUGCCCCCUUGGUCUGCCUGAUCUGCAACCACGACAUGUGCACCAAGGUCGUACACAAAUACGGCUGCGGCCACGUCUUCGAAGCAAAGGCACCAUGCGCAACCUCAAGAACUGCGCCGUGCGGUGUCUGCAACGUCAAGACGGUCAAGCACGAUGAAAAGUGCGAGACGUGUGAUCGUUGA